GGACCUACCUGAAUUUGUCCAAUAGAAACCCUCGUUUUAGUUGCAACUGUUAGCCGGAAUGAAUACAGCCCAGCUCUCGUCCGCCUGACCUAGUGAGAGAACUGUAAACUUUGACACGAUUAAGAUUUGGGCAAGAUUUUGACAGAAUGGGACACGCGCACUGCUGUACUGUGCUCCUUAUAGUAUUCCUUGCGCUACAGCAAGCUGCUGGAUUUUGGCUCUUCGAUGUCUUUCCAUCAAGUUUCAAAACUCAAAACAAAGUGUCAAACAAUAGCACUCCGCCGGUUCUUAUAGUGCCUGGGACUGCAGGAAACCAGCUUGAAGCCAAGAUUGACAAGCCAAGCCGUGUGCAUUGGAUGUGCUACAAAAAGACAGAUGACUUUUUCACACUUUGGAUUGACCUGAAUAUGUUCAUGCCAAUUGGGAUUAACUGUUGGAUUGAUAAUAUAAGAAUUGUAUACAAUAGGACAACUCGCAAGUCAUCCAAUUCUGCAGGGGUGUCUGUGAGAGUGCCUGGUUUUGGACAGACAUAUACUGUUGAGUUCUUGGACAACCACAAGCUGUCAGGUUAUUUUAAUAAUAUGGUUACACAUUUGGUCAACAUGGGAUAUGUCCGCAAUGAGUCUGUCCGAGCAGCACCAUAUGACUUCAGAGUAGCUCCGAACGAGCAGGAGGAAUACUUUGCACGACUGAAGAAGCUGAUUGAGGAUAUGUACGAGAGGGAUCAACAACCACUUUACAUCCUGGGCCAUAGCAUGGGAAGCAAUUAUAUCCUCUACUUCUUAUAUCAGCAGACCCAGGCUUGGAAAGACAAAUACAUCAAAGGCUUCAUUUCACUUGGAGCACCCUGGGGUGGGGCUGUCAAGACCCUUCGAGUACUAGCAUCAGGUGAAAAUCUUGGCAUCCCACUGGUGUCCAACAUCAAGAUCCGGGAGCAGCAGCGGAUGACCACCACAAACCCCUGGAUGCUUCCAUUUGAAGAGGUCUGGCCUACAGACCACGUCUUCAUCUCCACGCCAUUAUUCAACUAUACCCGCCAGGACUACCAGCGCUUCUUUAAAGACAUUGACUUUGAAGAUGGCUGGUUCAUGUGGGAAGACACCAGAAACCUGACAGCUGGUCUGCCCCCUCCUGGUGUUGAGAUGUACUGCUUCUAUGGUGUGGGGCUGCUCACACCGGUUACCUAUAUUUAUGACGACCAGUUCCCAAAUGCAGACCCCAUAGACUAUGUGUAUGCUGAUGGGGAUGAUACAGUGGACAGUCUUAGCCUCGGUCUUUGUAAACGCUGGAGAGGGAAGCAAGCACAGCCUGUCCAUGUCAAGGAAUUCAGGUCUAUGCCCCACAUGGAAAUAGUAUUAAAUAGGAAGGUGAUCAAUGUGGUCCAGAGUAUUCUGGAGGGAAGAUAUGGUGAAGAGGAUUCUACAUUGAUGAACUGAUGAACAUCCCAUUGAUUCCCCACUCAUGCAAGAUCAGGCCCAGCCAGACCAGCCUCCCAAAUCUAUACUGUAAGCUUUUGGGGAGAAAAUUAUUCACCCUCCCAAUAUACAUACUAUUACUGAUGCCAGUAGGCUAGCUACGGAGGUGGACUUAUACACAAUGUACAAACCACUAGGAACACCUGCUCUUUCCAUGACAGCUUCAAUCAGUGUAGAUGAAGGGGAGGAUACAGGUUAUAGAAUGAUUUUUAAGCCUUGAGACAAUUACCACCCCAUAAUAUUAUUUGCGCCUCUACCAGAUGGAAACUAAAAGUGUAAUGGCUGUGCUCAAUGUAAUGGCACUUACAAAUGUAGACCCUUCAAACACCCUCAAACAGGUAAACGGAUCCCAAUCAAAGGUGUUAUCAUGUGCUAAGGCACUAAGGCAGUUAUUUGUGUGAUAACUUUCCUUGUGGUAAAAAUUGUGGGUAAAAGAAAGCGCAAAUUAAAAAUAAGAAUCAUGGAGCAUCGUAGCACCAUUAGGUGCAAAAACUAGACGUACCCAGUUGUGGCCCACUUUUUGGAAGCGAACCACUAUUUUGUCCCUUCGUGAAAUCGCCAUCGAACAUGUCACCCUCCCUAGAAGAGGGGGUGACCUCAAACGAGAGGCCGCCUGGAUCUUUCAUUUAAAGACCCCCUCUCUCUUGCUCCCUUCGGUAUCAAAGUAGACUUUGAUCUGAAGCCAUUCUUGUGAUUGUGAUUUUCCUAUUCAUUGUAAAUAUUUAUAGGCCUAUGUAGACAAAUUGUAUCUAUGAUCGUAUGUUAUCCAUUCAUGCUUUUACAUGUUCUAUUUAUAUCUGUAAAUCAACCAAUGAAAUCAAGCCACACUCAGCCAUGAUUAGACACCUGUGUGUCCUUUGAAACUCUAUAAACAAGUGAACCGCGGUGUUUGUCAUUAUACCCUGAUGAAGACAGCUUGUCUGUCCAAACGUUGAUUAUUAAAGUAUUGCAUCUGAACUCCUA